CAGCUUACUGACCGACUUCUUUCAAAAGAGAAAAGGGGAAAUUUAGAACUAUGGAAGAAAUCGCUUCGAGCGUGAAAGACUUGGAGCUCGAGAAGGGGGGUGAGUAUCGCAGCUUCUUGCAUGGAGACACCGAGAAAGAUACCGUGUGGAGGCUCGGGGAAGCGCCAGAGUAUGAUCUUGUCAAUCGCACAUUCCGAUCCGGGCGAACCAAGGAUUGGAAGCCUGGGUCUCUGGAGGAGACAGUCCAGAAUCUAGUCAAGACAUGGGAGAUGGAGCUGACACACAAGACAAGAAUCAAGGAUUUCAAGAGCAUCGAUGCUGAAAAUUUCUCUUUCUCCGUCAAUGGAGGUAAAACCAUGACUGGCGAGGAGCUUCUUCGCGCUGGAAGCUACAAUGCGCUGCUCGCAAGCUUAGAACAUGGAGGAGCAAACAAUCCUCCGCUCUACAAAUCCUCGCAGGAGACUUUCGAAUCGUCUCACGAGAUAUUUCGUGGAGUUUUUCCCAAUGGAUUUGCGUGGGAAGUUCUUGAGGUCUUCUCCGGGCCUCCCACCGUCGCGUUCAAAUGGAGGCACUGGGGAAAAAUGGAAGGUAGUUUCAAAGAACACAAUCCCAAUGGCAAGACCGCGGAGAUGUUUGGAAUGGCAAUAGCAGAGGUGAACGAUCAGCUCAAGAUAGGAAGACUGGAGGUAUUCUAUGACCCUUCGCAGCUGCUGACGCAGCUUACCUGUCCGUACAAUCCCAAGAGGUGAAAAGCAAAGAGUGUUCCACUUUCACCUUGGUCAUACAAAUAACUAUGGAAAUUGUCGCGUGUAUGAAGUUUGAAUGGAAAGCUUUGCGUACGGUAUGAAAUCCGGCUCAAACAUUUAUGCAA